GGGAAAUCCGUGCUCAGUGACACGGGAGAGCUGAAGGCAACGCAUCAAGACAAAGGCUGGGAGCAAGGCUGAGGUUUCAGCCGCCACAGGGCCAUGGAGCUGCCCAGGGAGCACUUGGAGGAUCUCUGAGAACAGGGACUCGACCACGGUGCCCACGCUGGGCACAGCCAGAUCCCGGACAGCACUGGGUGCUGACAGAGCUGGCACCAUGUUCCCAGAGGAGCGGAAGGAUGGGAGCCCGCGCUUCGGGAAACUCCACUUCCCGGUUGGCCUUUGGAUCAACUCACCCAAGAAGCACUUUGCCAAGAUGAGCCGCAGAUGGCCGAGCGUGGGCUCUGUUAAAUCCACCUCCUCUGAUACAGCAAGCCGGGGCAGUGAGACAGUAGAGCUGCGCCCACCAAGCAAGACGAAGCCAAGCCGGCACAAGCGGCUGUCUAACCUGUUCCACCGCAGUGUGAGCAGCACGGGGGUGGGCACAGCAGGUGCUGGUGGGCGCUGGGCUAGUGAGAAGAAGCUAUCUGACCUCAUUGACCCGGUACCCGAGGACCUGGUGGAGCUUUCAAGCCAGCGCAACCUGCCAGGCAUCCUCAAGAUUUUUGGUGGGGACAUAUCCUGUGGGGCCAACUACAAGAGUGUGCUGGCCACGCCACGCUCCACAGCACACCAGCUGGUGCGUGAGGCACUUGAACGCUAUGGCGUGGCACCAGGUGAUGGUGAGGAGGACACAGUGGGUGGCUACAUGCUGUGUGAUGUUGUGGGGCGCUUCACAGGGCCUGGCGGGGCCUGGCAGGCUGAGCACUUGCGCCCUGUGGGUGACACCGAGCGGCCUCUGGUGCUGCAGGAUGUAUGGAAGCCCAAGGCUGGCUGCUCGCGACGCUUUGAGAUCCGGCGCCGGCGUGAGGUGGAACGCGCCUUCGAGGCCGAGGACAAUGAGACAGCGGGUAUCAAUGCACAGGCACGUAGGCUGCAGAAGAGUCGCUCACGGGCAGCCUCAGGGGGCACAGUGGUGCCCAAGGAACGGGCUGACAACCUGUCACUGCGGCGCAGCAUCAGUGACAUGAACCUGAGUGCCAAGAAGCGGCGAGAGCGCAAGAACAUCAUGAGCAUGGCAGGUGGCGAAGCAGUACCUCCUGGCGAUGAUGGGGAUGGGGAUGAAGGUGAGAGUGAGGCAACCAGGUCCAAGGAGCUGGAGUCCACUGACAGCAGCAUCAACCCCACAGGCACUGAGGAGCCUAUUGAUGGUGCCAGCCUGGAGCAGUUGUCCCAGUGCCUCAUCCAGCCACCCACCCAGAACCCCUAUUUUCUGCUGCUGCAAAGCUACAAUGAGAAGCAGGAUUUUGUGAUCUAUGUGAUGACACGGCGCCGGCAUGUGUUUGGACGGCCAGAGCGCCGCUCCCAGGCUGACAAAGGUGGCUACGUUGACACCUUCCUCUGUGCCCCGGACAUCCUACCCCGGCACUGCUGGGUGCGUGCGGCUGAUCCACCACCUGCCAAGGGAACGGCUCUGGUGCGGCCCUUUCGGGGUGCUAUGGUCACUCACAAUGGGGGCCCACUGCUGCGUGAGGCUGAACUUCAUCCAGGAGAUCUGCUGGGGAUGGGCCAGCACUUCCUCUUCAUGUACAAGGACCCCCGGGCAUCUCAGCCCCGGCCAGCCUGGCUGCCCAAGCCCUGGGCCUCACCCUGCUUGGCAGGGGCCUUCUCAUGCCAGACAUGUGGGCGGUCACUGCAGGAGAGGCAGGAGGCCUGGCGCACCUAUGUGGAGAGCCGCCAGCCUGAGCUGCGCUACCGGCCCCAGGAGGAGGAAGCGCUGCUGCGUGAGAUUGUCCGUGGGCAGGGUGCUGGUGGGUGCAAGCUGGCACCUGCCUUCCUGCUGGGACUCUGCGUGGAGCACUCUGCCCGUGUCCUGGAGCCUGGGCACCUCCCCAAGCUGGUGACCAAGAUUGCUCACCUCGUCAAGGAGGCUGUCUGGGAGAAAAUCAAGGAGAUCGGAGAUCGGCAGCCAGAGAACCAGCAAGACAAGAGCCAAGUCAGAGUGCUCAGCAUUGAGGAGGUGGCCACAGAUCUGCGCCCCCUCAUGCUGUGGAUGGCCAAUGCCAUGGAGCUGCUCAACCUCAUCCAGAAGAAGAUGCUGGACAUGGAAAAGGAGCUGGAGCUGGAGGGGACAUCCCAGGAUGUCUUACUGUCUGGUGACUUGGAGAUGUGCGACGAGGCCAUGGCAGUGCUGGACGAGGUCAUCAUGUCCACUUUCCAGCAGUCUGUGUACUACCUGACCAAGACGCUCUAUUCAGCCCUGCCUGCCCUGCUGGACAGUAACCCCUUCACAGCUGGAGCAGAGCUGUGCCCAGCUCAGGACCUGAGCAGCAUGCCUGAGGGCACUCGUGGCACCCUGGCCAUCUACCAGGCCACACUGGAGCUAACAAGGGAGUGUGAGCUGCACCCUGACCUAGUGUCUCAGACCUUCGGCUACCUCUUCUUCUUCUCCAACGCCUCACUCUUCAACACCCUCAUGGAGAAAGGGAAUGGGACACCCUUCUACCAGUGGUCAAAGGCAGUGCAGAUACGCACCAACCUGGACCUGGUGCUGGACUGGCUACAGGGCGUGGGACUGGGUGACAUUGCUACUGAAUUCUUCCGGAAGCUGUCUACUACCAUCAACCUGCUAUGCAUCCCAAAAACUAGUCUUGUUAAGGCUACCUGGUCCCGGCUACGCAAUGAGUACCUGGCAUUGACUCCUGCCCAGCUCCACCAUCUCCUCAGCAACUACUACCUUGGGCUAGGCCGGCCCUACCCUGAGGCCUGGAGCCCCCUACCUGAAGAGCAAGACAAGAUUGCUAGCAGUGAUAUCUUUGAGAGUUUCACAGAGCACCCACCCCUGAUCCUGCCCAUUGAGGGAUUCCGCUUGCGCCUCUCUGAGCCUGUGGGUGAUGAUGCCCUGCACCGUCAGCUGUGCCGCAUGCGUCGCCUCGUUUGGGACCUGGAACAGGAGGCACUUCCUGCCAACCAACGGGCAGGUUAUGCCCUGGAGGGCACCCCCUAAAUGCCUGUCCCGUCCUACCCAUUGGGCACCACCCACUACAUCCCCUCCCACUCCUGGGCCUCUGUCUCCCUCUUGCUGUUGGGGUGGAGGUCAAAGGGCACUACAUGGCAUGGGGCCAGUCUGAGCAGCUGAUGUGCCCCAUAGUAGACAUUGUCUCUGGGUGCCCCCCACUGUCUGUCCAGACCUGCUCAGUGCAGCAGUGCUGCAGCUGUGUGUAUUCUCCAUGUAGUAAUAAAGUCUGUCUCUGUAA